CUGACAGAAGACCGUCAGGAUGUCGGGUCCCAAGACAAGGAGGCAGAGCCUCUUUCCAAAUUACAAGUUUGGGGCUUCUGCUGCCGACGGCCCAGAACUCGAGGUGGACCAGAGCCUGGUAUACUUCAGGAACAGAUGGGUGAAGCCCUGGAGCUCCAUGCAGGAGCUCAAUCAGGGUAUUUAUGACCUCUAUGCUGAGGAUGAAAACGAGGAGGACAACGAGAAGCAUCACACUGCAUCUGGGGUAACCUCGCCUACCAAAAACUACAUGCUGAACCUUAACGUAGGGGGCAGGACUUACCAGAUUACCUAUGGGGUGGCUGCAAGGUUCCCCAAGACCAGAAUCGGACAGCUGGCCACUUGCAGGGACCACAGCAGGAAGCUGGAGUUGUGCGAUGACUACCUGGUCCACAGCUGUGAGUAUUUCUUUGAUAGAGACCCAGACAUAUUCCUCAAUGUCUUUAACUUUCAUCGUACUGGAGUGCUCUGGGUGAACGAUGAGUUGUGCCCACGAAACUUCCUGGAGGAGAUCCAUUACUGGGGGGUACGGAUCAAGAACACACCCCGGUGCUGCCGGAUUGCCCUGGAGGAGAGGCAGGACGACAUCAACGACAAGCUGAAAGUCCAACGGGAGCUUCAGGCUGAGAUUAUUGAAGACAGUGAGGAGCUUUUCCAGGACAUGAUGUUCGGCUCGUAUCGGCGAGUCAUCUGGGACCUGAUGGAGAAGCCGUUCUCCUCUGUCCCAGCCAAGCUGAUGGCCGUAGCGUCCAGCUUCUUUGUCUUAGUCUCCCUAGUCGCCAUGACGCUGAACACAGUGGAAGAAAUGCAGUACCAGAAACGUGACGGCCAGCUGAGUGGGCGGACCUACUGCGAGCACGUGGAGACCUUCUGCAUCGCCUUCUUCACUGUCGAGUUUCUGCUGCGUUUGGUGUCCACGCCAGAUCUCCGCAUCUUCAUCACCAGCAUGUUGAAUCUCGUGGACCUGGUUGCUAUCCUCCCACUGUACCUGCAGAUGGUGCUGGAGAUCUCGGAGAGUCAGGACACUGACAGGCAGGAUGGGGAUAACGCCAUAGGCCGGGUGGGCCAGGUGGGCCAAGUGGGCCUGGUGCUGCGGAUUAUGCGGCUUCUUCGGAUCCUGCGCAUUCUGAAGCUGGCGCGUCACUCUACGGGCCUGCGAGCUUUCGGCUUUACGCUACGCCAGUGCUACCAGCAGGUGGGCUGCCUCUUCCUCUUCAUCGGCAUCGGCAUCUUGACCUUCUCCGCCAUGGUCUACACUGUGGAACACGAUGUUCCCCAGACCAACUUCACCAGUAUCCCCCAUGCCUGGUGGUGGGCGACUGUGAGCAUCACCACUGUGGGCUAUGGAGACAUUUACCCCGAGACCCUCCUGGGCCGUUUCUUUGCCUUCGCCUGCAUCUCCUUCGGGAUCAUCCUGAACGGCAUGCCCAUUUCUAUGCUGUUCAACAGGUUUUCUGAUUACUAUAACCAGUUAAAAGCCCACAAGCACGCCUCUAAAAACCAGCACCGCGAGAAGGUGAGGUUCGCCCAGCGGGCCUUGAGGAAGGUGCUGGAGUGCUGCAGGGAGGCUUCCAGUUGACGUCCAGCAGGCCGUCAGACAGUGUCAACCCCAAAGGUUUUUUUUGACGGACUACAGGUCAAAGACUCUCAUGCUAUUAGCAUGGACAUUCUGUGUCCCAUUACCAAGUGCUCAGGAGGGGUUUCAAACCGUACAUCUCACUGACCUCAGCACUUUCAUCUGACUGCAUAUUAAAUGGGCCAAAAACCAAAUGGUCCAAUGACAGUUGUCACUGCAAUGGUCAAAUCACAUGACUAGCUCUAGUACAGUACAUCUGUCAAUUGCAAUUUUAGCCUCUGCAUGCUAGCUAGCUACACUGGAAAACAAGAAAAUGGGCCUUCAUUUGUGACAGGUGCCAAUUUUAAAUGUUGUUUUGCAAUAUAC